UUGUGCCUUUUAGGUGACAUCAGACGCAUUCUUCACAUUCCACCAUGCAAAUUCCUACGAGAAAGACGGUUUCCUUGUUCUGAUUAUGCAAAAAUUUUUGAACCGGGCAAUUUCGGUGAUUUACUUCUGGAGCAUAUGCGUACAGGAGGAUUCCGCAUGAAGGAAUCUGGAUUCAAGCCUCUUCUGCAUCGAAUGAUCAUCCCCUUGAAUGUGAGCGAUGAAAGUAAACCCGGUGAUGAUUUACUGUCUUCCUGUGAAUUUGCUGGUGACUGCAGGGCAAUUCUCCAGGAUGACGGCAGUAUCCACUGCACAGACAUGAAAUUAAGUGAUAUAUCCUUAGAAUUCCCUCGCUACUGCUAUGACCUCAAUAUGCGCGACUAUCGAUACGUGUAUGGUUCCUGUCUUAUUCACGAAGAGAGCGAGAAAAAUGGAGUGAGUUAA